AUGAGUAUCAAUAGUGAUCAUGUGAUGAUUGUAAAAUCAUCUGCUUUUAAAGAUCUUAUUAGUUCAAUUGUUGGAUUUCUAAAUAAUAAGAAUUUAUUGUUGGGAAUCAAACAGGGUUUAGGAUUUCUUAUUGUUAGUGGCACAGUUGGUUUCAUUUCAGGUUUAUCAAGGGAUGCAUUUCGACGUGUAAAUCAAUCGUUUUUCGUUACGGUAACUAUAGAUAGUAAAGACAAGUCAUUCGAUGCACUUUUGCAAUGGCUAUCCGGUUGCGAAUCAGUAAAGACUGCCACGCAACUCAAUGCAGAAACCAUCUACAAUGCCGCUGGAAAGAAUCCACGUGUUGUCUUUGCACCAUCGUUAGGACGACAUCGCAUCAGCUAUCGUGAGCGUACUAUCUUUGUCAACAGAAUUCGUGAUUCCACCUUUGACAUGUCUUCCGGUGCACCAUUCGAAUCGAUUGAACUCUCAACUUUUGGAAACGACACAUCGAUCAUCCAACAACUCAUCGAUGAAGCAAUGAGACUAUCUCUUCAAAAAGAUGAAGGUAAAACCGUUGUUUACAUCAACAGUGAUGGUAAUUGGCAACGUUUCGGUAAUCCAAGAACCAUUAGAUCAUUAUCAUCCGUUAUAUUACCAAGUACAUUGAAAAAUAAUUUAUUAAAAGAUAUUAAAGAGUUUAUAGAUAAUGAAGAUUGGUUUAGAAAUAGAGGUAUUCCAUAUAGGAGAGGAUAUUUGUUGUAUGGUGCACCCGGUAAUGGAAAGUCGUCGUUGGUCAAUGCUAUUGCUGGUGAAUUGUCUUUGGAUAUUUGUAUAGUAUCACUUUCAACACGUGAUAUGGAUGAUAAGCAGAUUAAUUAUUUACUUAAUAAUGCACCACCCAAGUCGAUCUUGUUGAUAGAGGAUGUCGAUGCUGCUUUUUCUGUGCGUGACAAGUCUGGUGAGAAUGCAUUCCAACAGUCAAGUCUGACAUUCUCUGGUGUCUUGAAUGCACUCGAUGGUGUAGCAUCGCAAGAAGGACGUAUUCUAUUCAUGACAACCAACAAGAUAGAGCAACUCGACCCAGCACUCAUCAGAGACGGUCGUAUCGACAUGAAAAUCCACAUAGAAAAUGCCACCAGACAACAAGCACUCGAUCUCUUCUGUCACUUUUAUACAAUCAAACCAAACCAACCAGAGUUUGAACUUGCCAAACAAUUCUCAUCAAACAUUCCGCACUCAAAACAACUUUCAAUGUCACAAAUACAAGGAUUCUUAUUACAAUAUAAAAAUUCACCAGAAGAUGCAACAAAGAAUUCUUUUCAAUUUAAAGAUUCAGAAUAA